GUAUUAGCUAGUUGAGUUUAGUGGGUAAAGUUAUUAUUAUAAUAUCAUUGUUGCAAAAUCCAAAUGCUUGCUACAAGGUUUGGGUGAUAUGCCCGGUGUUAGGGUUUCAUUUUGUCUCUACCUUUGCUCUUUAAGCCCAUCACCAUUACUACCCUAUAUUUAACCCAUUUUCCCCCAUAUCAUUCUCAUCAACUCUACAUCACCUGUCUUAAAUGUUUCUAGUACCAUGGCUGCAGAGCUUGGCCUACUUUCAUUGACACAACUUCAUAAGUUAGCUCAAUCUCAGCAAAACCAGAACCAACAAAACUUAACGGCUAGCUCGUGGAUGUGGAACCCUAAGGGGAAACCUGGGGAUGGAGACGAUGAUUCGUGGGAGGUUAGGGCCUUUGCAGAGGACACAGGUAAUGUGAUGGGCACAACUUGGCCACCAAGGUCUUAUACUUGCACUUUUUGCAGAAGGGAAUUCCGGUCAGCUCAAGCCCUUGGGGGUCACAUGAAUGUGCACCGCCGUGACAGGGCUCGGCUUCACCAAACACAGCCUGGUAGUAGUGGUGCAUUAAUGAAUCCAACCCCAACAUCUUCUACAACUGCUUCCUCAUCUACUCUCUUUAUCCCAACUCAAGAAUUUGCCACAAAUGGCGGCUUGUGUCUACUCUACCAAUUGCCUAGCCCUAAUGGAGUUUUCACUUCUCCACCUAUGAAGGCAUGCUCUAUUGAUUCACCUUCGACCCUUCUCUCCAUUUCACCAUAUCAUCCCUCUAACUACUUGAUGGCAGCAGCACCAUCUAUAAAUUUUCCGGUAACGCCUCCGGAGCUGAAUAACUCUUCCUCUUCUCUCUGUUACUCAACCAAAGCUAAACAAUCAACGUCGUCGGCAGAUAACAAUCUCAAUGAUGGCAACAAUAUCAACAGCAGCAACUACAAGGAAACAUCAAUUGACGACCUUGAUCUAGAGCUUCGACUAGGGCAUAGAUCAACAACAUCUUGA